UGGGCGGAUAAUAGCUGUGUGUGUGUAAAACCACCAUCUCAUCCACUGCAUGCUAAUAGUGCUGCACUAGCUAUAUCAGUGGAGGGUUUAUUACCUCCCUAUGAGUGUACUCCCUAUAAUAUCAGUGUUGUCUGUAGGUAGCUCCUUCCAUUUAGUAUUUCCCUAGCUACCGUAUAGCGGGGAUAUUUCGAGGGUAUAAAUGUUCAUGGUUUUCGCUGAUCAAGCAUCUACCGCGAACAUUUAUACCAACGUAUACCCUAAUUAUAGCCCACGCUUUUGUCAGACAAAUUGGACCCUACACUCGUGUUAUAAUUAUAGUCCGUCUAUUACAUACCAACUUCACCCCCCCUCCGUUUAAUCAAUGGUUUGAGGACUCUUUCAGCUGCCAUAACCUGCAUUCAAUUUCAACUAUUUUGUGGUUUUUUGACAGCUUAAAAAGAGACCUUUCAAAUGGUAUCAUCAAUGUUGAGUACGUACAUGUAAUUACCAAUUGCUUAUCGAUCACACCACAUGUCAACCUCAUUUUGUAGGAGGCGUUCGGAGAAGUUGUGCAAUACUUGGAGAAAAUGCUAAACUGAGUCAACCCAACUCCAUCUUCCCCGUUCUGCACAGAUUCGUCACAAACUUCAGAAAAGCAGACAGUGACAACCUUGCCAAGAUAGCCAUCAGACAAGCUCAACUGUGUGUAUUACCUUGCGUGGAUGACACUUCCUUAUCAGAGGAUGAUCAGGGUGUGGACGUACUGCCUCAGAUCUACGACGGAGCUAUUGAAGAGAUCAUUUCCGGUAUGAAGAACACUGCAUACAGACCGGCCAACUACAGACGUAACACAUUACGUAAGCAUGGCAACUCUACGUCGUCCAAUCAGGUGGCAGCACCCUCACCACAUGAUGAACUUCUCAAGUCCCUACAGAGAAGAACUAAAGCUAGAGAGGACAAUUACGGUGCCAAUAGACCAUGGCUGAAAUAAUCUGUAUAGCUAGCUAAAAUCAUUUCAUUCACCGUUAUUGUCUUCUGUACAUUUUGUGUUUCUUUGCUCAAUUCAUAUAAUUAUACAUGUAAUAAAAUGUAUUGUAUGUUCGUUGAUGACCCAUGCUUUACCGUAUUACUAUAACAAGUUGGCAUAUGCGAGAAUAUAAUUAUAAGUAUGCACAUGUACAUGUAUGACAUUGUGAGAUUUACUAUAUAUAGUGCAGUUCAUAUACUUGAAGCAGGGAUGAACAUUAUUAUGAAAAGUUUACACAAUAGCUAGUCAUGCAUAACUAUAAGGUAAAGAUCAUUGAUGGAACAAUUGAAAGAAUAGCGUUGCAAAAAACGGGGAGGGUCUUGUAUGGUCAAAGGAGGAGGGUCUUGUAUGUAUGGUCAAGUAAACAAACCACAAGAUUCUCUGUUUGGACUCGACUGGCAUAAAAUUUGCACUAAAGAAGCAACACUAAUCUUGGAGCUGGCACAAGUUGGUCUAUUCUUGACAGAACUAUGAAGAUGACAUCUCAGAGACAUGCCCGUUAUUUCUCAAAUGAUUUGGACGACGAUGUUACCCUGGUUUUCCGUAAGCCUAGUUGGCAGCUCAGAGCCAGCCUUGCCUCUGUGUUGAUCACCCCUGUCCUCUACCAACUCUACCUCAUUAUGGUCACCAUCAGAUACAUACUCUUCUUACAAACUUUUUCCUCUCCCCCACGUCCUGUUUGCCCUGUGGUUGACUUGAGUUGGACCGGAGUGUUUCCUUGUGAGCUGGGAUGGAGGGGGAGUGCACUGACCGUUCUCAUUCUGUCAGCUGUGCUUAUCACCUGCUACUCACUCAUCACUGCCUGCUUGGUGAGAUGGAACCCUCGGAAACAAUGGAACUCAACCACAUCAGUUUUUGAUACUCAAGAAAAGCCGACCCAGUUCCAAGUGAGAGUUCAGAGCUCUAAUCGGCCCCCCACUCUCAGUCUGUAUAUACUGUUACUGAUAUUCCGCUUACUGUUACAGUCAGGAGAUGUUGAAGCAAACCCUGGACCAACGCUUGGCUCAAUUCUUACUCUCGAUGAUUUGAAUUCUGUUUACAAGAACCUGAUAAAAGCCGCUGGAAACUGGUUCAACCUGGGACUUGAUCUGGGAUUAGGUUUUGACACCCUUAAUAAUAUCAGCGAUAAACAUCGAGAUAAUCAAAUUCGUCUAUGUGAAGUGCUGGCUGUUCGCUUGAAGACUGGCCUUCUCACCUAUUCUGAAAUAUGUCAGAGUCUCAGAGCACCAACAGUUGAACGGAAUGAUGUCGCUGAGGCUAUAGAGAAGGCAUGUACAGUUGACGAUACUUCACCUGGGCCAUCUAAAACAAAUACGUCUACAAUGAAUCCUGAACCAACCAAUGACGAUACUCCACCUGGGCCAUUUAUGAGGCAAGCAUUGUCCACAACAACUCCUGGACCAACCAGUGGUGCUGGAUUCACAGAAAGCUUGGGAAAUUCAAUGCUAGAUACGGUGAUAAAAGAUGAAGAUCUGAUUCAUUUGGCUGCUUAUUUUGAUAGUGCUACACUUCUUGCUGCCGCAAUAUCACUAAACCCUCAUGAAAACGGUGAUGUAACGCGAGCAAAAGCCAGUGAGGGCACACAAAUUGCAGUACAUCUAUGCUUGAAGUACUGGAAGAGAAGGAAACCCAAAGAAGCGACAUUUCAAGCACUUCUAACUAUUGUCCGCAGUCUGGGAAAAGAGGACACAGCCACCAGCAUUGAAAAAUACUCAAAAACAGUAUUUUACCAUGCAAACAAUUACUUACUUUCAGAUGACCAUACUUCGCUUGGGCCAUCUCAGAAGCAAAAAUUGUCUACAACGACUCGUGAACCAACCAUGAUGGAUAAAAGACACAUAUCUGUACGCUUUAUCAUGUAAGAAAGUUUGGGGGAUAGUUCCUAUUUAGAGAGGUAUGUGUAUCCACACUUUAUACGUUUAUAAUUACUUUAUUGA